UUUGGCAUACUUGUCUCCAUUGAUGGUAUAUAAAUAUAUAAACUAGAAGAUUCUAAGAAUAGGAAAUCUAACAAGAUUUUAUUGUCACUUUCUAGCUCUUUGGUGCCAUGAUUGUUUUUUCCUACAAAAUUACGCAGGCUCUGACCCUAACUGUUAUCCAAGUGUUCCAAGUUUAACCAAUUCUACUUUCUGUCCCGCCAGCCGAAUCGACGAAACUGGACCCAUUAUUAAAAUAGAUGCGGGGUGGCUACGGGCACCACAAGCAGCUUGUAUGACCGCGUUCGGACUACAUAAUGGUAACGUAAUUAUCGGUCGUCAUUGCGGUGUAUUCGAAAGCAGCCAUGUCGACACUUGUAACAGGUAUUACGGGUACUCGUUUACAUUUCCUAACGGGACGGUUAUCACUUUCCCUGCAAAUUCUACCACCUCCAUGAUCUCAUGCAUAUGCUCGGAUGAUAAUUGCAAUGUGCACGACCUUCCCGAUGUGCUACCAACAACGACCACCGGCCCAACGAUGACCACGACCUUCGCCACCACCCAAACGACGACCACCACGCGCCCAACGACGACCACGACCACUCCAACGACGACCACUCGUCGAACCACCACCUUGCCGCCAGGGUUACACUGCUAUACCUGCUACUCAAUAGAGGGCGUGGCUGGUUCAUUACCAGCAUGUGAGGACGACGGAGCAUCUAUGCCUUCCAGAAAUUGUGGCGAUGAAGAAGAUUGGGGACGACAGUCCAUCCCAAGUGUUUCGAUUUUCUAUGACCCCGCUGUUGCAAAGGAUGACCGUGAUGGAACUUUACAAAACCCUAAAGUCCUGUGUGGAACGGGGCGAGGAACUUGGGUGAACAAUGGGAGUUCCGUGGUUGUCCGAGGGUGUGGUUUGUUUGAGAGCAGGUAUGACAAUACGUGCAGCCGAGAUUACAGUUGGAGGGUUCGAUACCCGAAUGGAACUGUGCUUAUCGAGUUUCCAGGAAAUACUUCGAGCGCCUUGUACACCUGUUUUUGCUCCAGUAAUCACUGCAACGGUGGAAGUGUGAUGGAGGUAAUGGUUGGCAUGGUAAUGAUGUGUGUACUCUUGUCAGGGUUUUUUGGAUGAAAUAAGUAUUUACAAUAAAUUUUAUUGUUUAUGAAGUAAAUAAAAUUAGUUGUUUGGGUA